GGACGGAAGUGGCACAUGGGGUCUGAGUUGUAUGGGAAGAUCUGGCAGAAGGGGGACAUCAUUGGGUGCAUGUUGGACAUCACCGAUCGAACCAUCAGUUUCUCUCUGAACGGAGAGUUGAUGAUGGACAGGAUGGGACAAGAGAUCGCCUUCAAAGGCAUUGACGUCUCGGAACCUUACGUUCCCGCCAUUUCUCUGGGAGCCAAUCAGCAUGCGAGAGUCAAUUUUGGACAGGAUGUCUUCUCGCUGAAGUACUUCACAUGUUGUGGUUUGCAGGAGGGUUACGAGCCUUUCUGUGUCAACAUGACUCGUCCCAUGCCCCUGUGGUACGAUAAGGAGCAGGCCAUGUUUGAAAAUGUCCUGAAAGACCACCCAAGACUUGAAGUCGUCAGAGUACCAGGCGGGUGCUGCUAUUUGCAACAACCACAACAACAACGAAACCAUAACUACUACAACAGCCAAAACAACAGCCACAAUAAAAUAUUUUUACCACCAACUAACACAGGUGACUACUUACCAGACAAGCGUCUAUUCAAUAAGAUGGGGCUGAAGUUUGGUGGGGCUGCAGAUGGAAUGGGGAGAGGCGGCUUCCAUGGCGCAAAGAGAGGAAAUGUGGGCCCCUACCCACCGUCGUCCACCUCAUCAUCUCACCCCAACGCCAGAGGACCUUCCGUUUCUCAGGGCGUCGGUGGAGGGGUGAGGAUGAGGAAGAAGAGAGACAGCCAGGGCUCAUUCGGCAGUGAUGCCAUGGAGUCUGAAUCUGAUUACAGAGACCUCGAGGCCCAUAUGGACGUCAUUGAUGAAUAUUAUUACGGAGUGAGGGUUUUUCCAGGGCAAGACCCCUCCCAAGUUUAUGUGGGCUGGGUUAGCCCCCACUUUUACACCCACAGUAGGACGUUUGAUAUGAAAAGUAUGAGGAAUGUUGUGGUCACUACCAUUGACGUGGAAAAUCAAAUCAACACCAGCGUCAUACGCAAGAACUGUUACAUGGUGUCGGCUGGUGAUCUCCAUAACAGCCACCAGGAAGAUUCAGGUAAAAAGGCAGGACCAGGCCUUCUGAUUGGCUGUCACAUCGACGUAUCAAGUGGCUUGCUGAGUUUUACUGUCAAUGGACAAGAGGCUGCUAAUAAAUUUCAAGUUGAACCAAACGCCAUGUUGUUUCCCGCUGUCUUCUUCGAGCCAACCAACAAAGAGGUCCUCCAGGUCGAACUCGGAAGAACUAAACUAGCCCUACCGCUAUCUUCCAUCUUGUUUCGCGGGGGCAAACACGUCGUACCUCAGUGCCCGCCCAGGUUGGAUUUCCAAUGGCUCAAGACCUACCAGUGGUCCAGGUGUCCACUCAGUUCCAACAAGGUUCACGUGCUGAAAUUGUCUGAUGUUAGAGGCUGGAGUAUGCUCAUUGAGGAUGCAGACCAGAUGAUGGCGCUACAUAUCCCGGAAGAAGAUAGAUGUCUGGAUAUCCUGGAACUCAAGGAACAUCCUGAUUUGUUGAACUUCCACAUGCACACACUUGAUCUGUACCACGCCGUAUGCUCGCACGGCAACCACAGAGCUGCACACGAACUGACUCAACACGUCAACGAGAGGCAGCUGAUGUUUUGCAUCAAGAGCAAAUACAUGCCUGGCGAAUUAAGAAUGGGCUUUCACAACUUGCUGAUUUCACUGCAUCUGGAUUCCUACGCUAAAACGAAGCUGAUGACGCAGAAAGAAUUCAUCGUGCCCCUAGCCUUCGCUCACAAGGCCCUUCAACUCUUCAACAAGACAUCUCCAACCUCAACAGCGGCAACAUCGGCAGCGACGGCCUCAUUAUCGGCCACACAAUCACCCCAAGCAUCCAAUCAGCCAUCUGGUGGUCUGACAAUGGCUCUCCCAGCCACCACACCAUCCUCAACACCUGCCGCCACGUCCAGCCCUUACUUUCCUCUCAAUCUCCUGAAACAGUGUAUGAUGGAACUGCUGACGGAAGCUGUUCAAAAAGGGGCGGGCCACAUUAGGGAUCCAAUUGGCGGGAGCAAUGAAAACCAUUUUGUACCACUGAUAAAAGUGGUGGACAACUUGUUGGUCAUCGGUUUGUUGGACGAUAACGAUAUCAAUCAGCUCCUCUAUCUUAUAGACCCCCAAAAUUUCUAUAUGAAACAAAGCCAAGGUUGUUUUGGUCUCGAAAUUAUUGAUAUUAUAGCUAAGAAAUAUGGCUUGAUUCAGAUAAAACUGUCUGAACCGGUUAAACUAGAGUUGUGCACUCUUCUUCAUCACUUGUGUGACCUUCAGUUACGUCAUCGUAUCGAAGCCCUUAUCUCAUUUUCAGAACAUUUUGUUGGCGGUUGUCAGAUGGAACAGAAACAGCGCUACAUCGACAUCAAGCAGACCGACAUGCCCAUGGCGGUCGCUGCCAAGAGAACCCGAGAGUUCAGAUGUCCGCCCCAAGAACAAAUGCGGACGCUCCUGUCAUGCAAGGAAGAGUCAGAUGACUGCCAGAGUCCCAUGGGAGACGACCUCAAAGAGAGACUCUUCGAAUUCCAUCAGGAACUCCUACGCCACUGCAACCACAACCCGCCAGAAGACGAGGAGGCUGAGAGUAAGAAGGCCACCCAGGUGCAGGCAGAGGUGGAGACAAACAAGUCCAUCCUGGAAAAGGUGUAUAACUACAUCACCAACAAGGCACCACCCGCACCUCCCCCUCCUCCGAACAACAUUCAGCAGCUGAUCACAAGCACGGUCAUCUCGUGGGCGAAGACAAACAUCGUGGACCAGGAACUGAUCAGAGCCAUGUUCAGCCUCCUACACAGACAGUACGAUGGCGUCUCAGAGAUGAUUCGCUCUCUAGAGAAGACGUACGUAAUCAGUGAGAAGAGUCGAGAGGACAUCAACAACUUGAACAAGAGUCUCGGUCUGGUCAGGUCACUUCUGAUGGUUCAGGUAGCACCAGAAGAAGAAGAACAACUCAAAUCCUGCAUCUGGAACCUAGCAGACAACAAAGUAUUUUUCCAGCAUCCAGAUCUAAUGAGGUCCUUGGGCAUCCACGAAACAGUCAUGCAGUUGAUGAUCAACACGCUGAACAAGGCGCAACAACAGUCAGCUGCUUCUGAGUCUGAUAUGGUGGUGGCUUGCUGUCGCUUCCUCUGUUACUUCUGCAGGACAGGCCGAGUCAACCAGAGAGCCAUGUUUGAACAUCUGGCUUAUUUACUGGACAACAGUUGCAUGCUUUUGUCCCGGCCCUCCCUGCGUGGUUCCUGUCCUCUGGACGUGGCCUACUCAUCCCUCAUGGACAACAAUGAACUCUCCCUGGCUCUCAGGGAGUCUGACCUCGAUAAGGUGGCAGUCUAUUUGUCCAGGUGCGGCCAACAGAGCAAUCAAAAAUUGGUGGCCAAUGGAUAUCCCGAUCUUGGCUGGGACCCGGUCGAAGGCGAGAGAUUCCUCGAUUUCUUGAGGUUCUGUGUGUGGGUCAAUGGCGAAAGUGUCGAAGAAAACGCCAACUUGGUGGUCCGUCUGUUGAUCAGGAGGCCUGAAUGUCUUGGGCCAGCCCUCCGUGGGGAGGGUGGGGGUCUCUUGAAGGCCAUGCACAACAGCAUCAUCAUGUCACUGCAGAUUGCGGCUGCCAAAAAUCCAAAUGCCAUUCAGUUUAUUCGGGCCUACGACUUCUCCACACUGCCACCUGAGGAUGAUGAGGAUUACAUCGACAUAGGAGCUGCCUGCCUCCAGUUCUACUCGUCUCUCAUUGAUCUUCUUGGUCGUUGCGCUCCGGAAGCGGAAGCCAUAAAAGCAGGCCGCAGUGAUUCAUUGAGAGCACGUGCUAUCUUGAGGAGUUUAGUAUCUUUGGAUGAUCUCGAAGGAGCUCUUGAAAUCAGAUUUAUACUUCCGGUUGGAAACAUUCAGCCGGUGGGUAAGAACCAACCACCUCCUCCCCCGCCACUUCCAUCCGGCCUGUCCCCGCCCCACAAAACUGCUGUCGUUUUGUUCCUGGAACGAGUCUACGGCAUCCAGGAUCAAAGGACCUUCUUCCGACUUCUUGAAAAUGGCUUCCUACCGGAUCUGAGAGCUGCCACUACACUCGAAGAUGCUCAGGAGGGCGAUGGAGACAUGGCGCUUGCAUUGAAUCGCUACCUGUGCAAUGCAGUCCUUCCACUACUGACCAACAACUCCCACUUCUUCCACGAUGCCGACCACGUCUGCCACCUCCUCGAUCAAACCCUCCACACCGUCUAUAAACUGAGCAAGUGCAAGUCCCUCACCAAGAACCAAAGAGAUACCGUAUCGGACUUCCUAGUGGCUCUGACCGGACAAAUGAGGCCACCAAUGAUGACCAGCCUGCUGAGGAAGUUGGUGGUCGAUGUUCCCGCCCUCACCGAGAACACCAUCACACCUCUCAGGGUGCUGGUGAACCACUACGAGCGAUGUGGUGGCUACUACGGAAGUGGAGGUUGGGGCUCGCACGGGUCUGCCACAGAGGAGGAGAAGAGGUUGACGAUGAUGCUCUUCAGUGGAAUAUUUGACUCUUUGGCCAAGAGGGGUUACGACCCAGAAUUGUUUUCCAAAGCCCUUCCAUGCCUCUCUGCUAUUGGCUGCGCGUUGUCCCCUGACUACAGUCUAGACAACCAAGAUGAUGGCUUCUAUAAGCAGUGCAUGGCCGAGGCUGAAUGGUCUUAUGUACCCCAACCUGCCGAUAUUUCCAAGUAUGUAAUUCAUAUUUUUAACAUAUUUUUAAUUUUUCCACAAAAGAUUGAUUCUGGUUGGACGUUUGGUACAAAUUAUGACGAGGAACUCAAACAACAUCCAAAUCUCAAAAGCUUUCAACUGCUCAACAACACCGACAAAUCGAGGUAUUUGAGUCCAAUCGAGUCGUCGUUGAAAGCCAUGGUGGCGUGGGGCUGGACCGUCGAGUUGGACCCCUCGAGAUCGGCCAGUAAGGCGCAGAUCAAAAAGAAGCAGUCCAAAUUAUCACUGGGCGACUACACCCCCAGACCAGCUGACCUUCGCAGCAUAACCCUGACCCGAGGAAUGUUGGAGAUGGCCGAACGUCUGGCGGACAACGCCCACGACGUUUGGGCGGUCAAGAAGAAAGUUGAACUGGACAAAUUAGGUGGAGCCAUCAACCCACAAUUCAUCCCCUACAGCAUGCUGACGGACAAGGAGAAGAAGGAGAACAGGGAGAGAGCACAAGAGCUCAUGAGAUACAUGCAGAUGUGUGGUUACAGAAUCAUUAGGUAG